AUGCGGAAGUUGGUGCUGUCAGAAGCGUUGCUUGCCGGUGGUCGUCAUGUCGUCGCUGCGCUUCACGGAAGAAGACUUUGCUGUCGCUUGGAAGGAACUGGACGAGCCACAGCUGGACGGAGGAUGGCAGCUUUUCACCGAGACCAUGGGCGUCCACAUUUACAGACUUCUCGAGCAGAAAACUGGUCUUUACGAAUACAAAGUGUUUGGCUCGCUGGACGACUGCAAGGCAGAGCUUUGCGCCGACGUCUACAUGGACCUGGCCUACCGGAAGCAUUGGGAUCCCUACGUCAAAGAGCUGACAGAGAAGGAGAUUGAUGGGCAGCGGGCUAUCUACUGGGAGGUCGCGUACCCCUUCCCGCUGUCCAACAGGGACUACGUGUACGUCCGCGAGCGCCGCGUACUGGACGUGGGCGGCAGGAAGAUCUGGGUGGUCCUGGCCAGAAGCUCGCCCGAGACGCCGUACCCGGAGAAGAACGGCGUACUGAGGGUCAAAGACUACAAGCAGACCAUCGUCAUGGAGGCCAACGGCCACGCUGGAACCAAAGUGUUCAUUAAUUACUUUGACAAUCCCGGUGGGAUGAUUCCCAGCUGGCUGGUCAACUGGGCGGCCAAGAGCGGCGUUCCCGCCUUCCUCACUGACAUGAAGAAGGCGUGCGUCAACUAUCCACUCUACUGUCAGAACAAAUGAGGACACUUGACGGACCGGAAAGUGAGUGACGAGUGACGGGGAUGUCGGCUGACUUGCUGUCUUUUAAUUACACACACAGACACACACUCCAUUACUUUAAGUGCAAUCCGAGCCUUUUGUGGAGGCUUUAAUCAUUUCAAGGCAUGUUCGCUUGUGUGGUUUUCAACGCGUUUACUGUCAAAAUGACAACUGCAAUGCAAACCAUUCUUUUGAGGUGGCUGAAAUGAACUUUUGGCGUCUGAGAGUUUCUUUGCUGUCUGAAUGUUCCUGCUGAUUGCCCAAAAAAAUUCCACGACCAGUAUACAAAUAUUUACUAUAAUUAAACUGUAUGUUUAGUGAGACCUUUAAUUAUCUCACAAUGGCAUGAACCAGGGUGGGCAAACAUUGUGCUGAAUAGCCAAUCAAAUCAAUACAAAAGUCAAAUUGA